CUUCACAAGUUGCGCAUCAACCCAAUUCAUCAUCAUCAUCGUCAUUUUGCUCCCUCCCGUCUUUUGUUUCGCCGUCACCGUCUUCCUCUUCCAUAGCCGCCAGAUUCCUGCAAAAUGGCAGCUUUCAGGCGAGCCUUAUCUAUUAGGUCCACCCUUACCGGUCGACAACCGUAUCAACUAGCUUUCCACAUCAUCCCUCGCGACAAUGAUCAUGAAGAGAGUUCUUCAUUCACUUCUCAAAGAAGUUACCAUAGCUUCCUUCACCAACAAAGAUCCUCCUCCUCCUCUAUCAUCAACUCACACCUCUCCCAUUUUCCUGGAGGAGGAGGAGGAGGCUUACAUGUGCCUGCUUCCGCCUCUGCUUUUGCUUUCUAUCGCUAUAUGUCAAGUGCGCAUGGUGUUGGUUCCGAUAAAAUUGGUGUGAUCAACGACAUCGCUGAAGUCAUAACCGACUCAGCAACGUUGCAAGAUGCGCCAGCUCAGGCUGCUGCUGCAGUCGGUGAAGUUGCACUUGCGGCUAAUGACUCUUUCUUGCCUAUUGCGGCUCUUCAGCAUUGCAUUGAUAUGGUUCAUUGUUACACUGGUUUGGAGUGGUGGGCAUCCAUUGUUUUAGCAACAGUUUUGAUCCGGUCUUCAACAGUUCCUCUCUUGAUCAAACAAAUGAAAGACACUAUGAAGUUAUCCCUGAUGAAGCCACGAUUGGAAGCCAUUCGCGAGGAUAUGCAAAACAAGGGAAUGGACCAGGUUACAAUGGCAGAAGGUCAAAAGAAGAUGAAGAAUCUGUUUAAAGAAUAUGGAGUGACUCCAUUCACCCCAAUGAAAGGGAUGCUUAUUCAGGGACCUCUCUUCAUCUGCUUUUUCCUUGCUAUACGAAACAUGGCAGAGAAGGUACCUUCGUUCCAAACCGGAGGUGCUUUAUGGUUUACCGAUCUAACCACACCUGACAGCUUAUACAUCUUACCGGUUAUAACAGCGUUGACAUUCUUGAUAACCGUUGAGUUAAAUGCACAAGAAGGCAUGGAAGGAAACCCAAUGGCAGGCACUAUAAAAAACGUUUUCCGGGGUUUCGCUCUCCUCACAGUCCCAAUGACAAUGAGUUUCCCACAGGCCAUAUUUUGUUAUUGGAUCACUUCCAACCUCUUCUCUCUCACGUAUGGACUUGUGAUUAAGCGUCCUCAAGUGAAGAAGAUGUUAAAGAUACCUGAACUGCCUCCACCUCCUCCAGGUCAACAACCUUCCUUUGACCUGUUCGCAGCUCUGAAGAAAAUGAAAGCCAUGACACAGGACCAUACCGAGAACCAGGCUCAACAACCAUCUUCGCCAGUAAACCCGAGGAUCUCUUCAGCGUCCAUGAGUCCUGUUAGUAGGAGGCUCAAGGCUUUGGAGAGCCAAGUUAAGGGAAGGAAGAAGAACAGCAGCAAGAAGAGGUGAUUUAACCACCCUUGCGUGCAUUAAUAUUUUUGUUAGGGUUGCUGCCAAAGGAAAGAAACAAUAAAAAAGCUUUUAUGUCAAAAAGUGUUAAGAGGAUGAGAACCAAUCAUAUUUGAUACUACACGGUUUGUUCUCAUUUUAGAUGAAACUAAAACCGGAGAGCCAGCUUUAGUGAUAUUAUAUGUUUUUCUUUGAUAAUUUUACCAUAACCAUAUUUGUAAGUUUGUUCUUUUUGAAACUUCUAUUAUAUUUUUUCAGGUACUAGUAAAAUCAAAUGACAUUCUUUUAUUUC